AUGGAUCUCGCAUCCGUAAGGGUGUCAGUUCAGGAAGUUGGUGGCAUGUACUUCUCAGGUCUGAAGUCACCUGAAAGUGGAGCAAUCUCAAGAACGCAUUUGGUUCAAGUUCUUGAGUUCCAAUCAACAUCGCGGUCUGCGAUCUUGAUGGUUCGUGGAACGUUGGGAGUUGGUUCCGUCAUCACUGGUCUGGCUGCCGAUCCACUAACAGUACCAUUCUUGGUGUCAGGCACGGCCUUUCUUCCACCGGCUCUACCAUCGCUUGCGCGGCUCACCGGGCGUCAUAACGACCGUCUGUGUCGUUGCAGCGACCUUCAUUCUCGUGAUCUCAAGGUCGCAGGUAUGGGAUCACCACCUCAGCCCGAUGUCCGCCGACUGCACACGUGCGCAAUGAUGGCCCGGUCACCGCGUGACCUUGUGCUCAGAUUUUUCACACCUGCCAAAAUUCAUGUGUACAUACUCCCCCCGCCUGUACAGUGUUCCAAGAUCGAUAAAAUUUUCAUAUCCAACUAG